UCUCUAAAACAACAAAUGAACAAACAUGUCCUCUGGCUUUGUGAACAGAGUUACAAAACAAUCUCAUAGCCAUUAUUAAACGAUAUGUUAUCAUUCUUCUCUAAAUUGUCAUUAAACAACACACAGAAUUCUCCCGUGGAGUUAGCCAAGCCCGCUUAUAUGGACAAAAGUGCAACACUGCAAGAGCUCGGCUACAAAGACGACGAUGAGUUGAGAGAGACUAUUUAUGACUUUUUGAGGACAAUACGAGACCCGGAGAAGCCUAGUACAUUGGAGGACUUGAAAGUUGUUUAUGAAGAAGGUAUCUUCGUGAAGGAACCUACAGCUGAUAACGUACCUGUUCUUCGUGUGGAAUAUAAUCCCACCGUGCCGCAUUGUUCGCUAGCAACGUUGAUCGGACUUUGUAUAAGGAUAAAAAUACUCCGUUCUUUACAUCAUCCUGUUAAACUUGAUGUUUUCAUCAAAAAAGGAGCUCAUACAACUGAAGAUGAAAUCAACAAACAAAUCAAUGAUAAAGAGCGGAUUGCCGCCGCUAUGGAGAGUGUACAAGUUAUAGUGGAAUCAAGAAAGGGUGUGAAAAUAGAAGCCAAUUCAAAACCAAGAACGACAGACUCUGAUUGGUUUAAUUUACAAAUACCAGAUUCACCUGAAGUAAAUCAGGCGACGAAGAAUGCGUUGCCAUCUGACAAAAUAUUAGAAACAAUAAGAUCUCAACUCCAUGUUGAAAUAUCAGUACAGACGGAAGAUGGUGAUGAAAUGGUUUUAGAGUUAUGGACUUUGGAGUUAGAUGAGGCACAAUUUGAUACAUCUUUAAAAGCAAUGAAUACAGUGUAUUUUCGAAUGGGUAUACUCUUAAAAUCGGUGAUCACGAUCAGCAGAAUAACACCAGCUUAUCAUCUCUCAAGGAAACAGCGAACAGAGUCUUUUACUAUAUUCUACAGAGUUUAUAAUGGUGAACCAAAAAUAAAAGCAUUGGGUGACUCGGUUAAGAAAGUACAAGCUGGAAUGCUUAAAACACCUUUAGGUGGAUUAUGUUUUACCGUAUCAUAUCGUACUAAUUUCUCUAUAUCACCGAAUACCUCGGAAAAGAGUAAAACGUUAAUUUUAAAAAGUGAUCAUUUCGAAUUGAGUCCGAAACAUGUUAUUUUUGAAUCUAAAAAGACGAGAAUAACAAAAGAGAAAGAAUCAAAACCAACAAAACCUGUUGAUUUGAACAAACCGUUACGUUUAGCUGCGUUUGCUGAUGAAGUGAUUAUACAGAAAGCAAUUAAUGAAUUUUUCGAGAAAAUUCCAAUACCAAAAUUCAAAAGGUAUCCAAGACCAAAAACACCGAUCAAAGACAAAGCGAUGGAGUCCAAGAGUACACAAGAUUUGGAUCUUUCAGUUAUGACCAAAAGUCCGACAUCAUUAGAGUUACCUCCGAAGAAGUUUUCCGGAUUCCGUGGGGAAAAUGAACCUCCGUUGAAAUUGUUGCAUUUUCCUUUUGCUGAUAACCAUCCUAUACGUGAAUUGGCGGAGUUUUAUAAAGAUUUCUUCAAUGCGCCACAUUUAAAGUUGACAGAGCAACAAGUUAGUAAGGAUAUUGAUGUACAGGAAUUGGAAAUUGGUGAGGAUCUAUCCAAGGAUUUGGAGUUAUACGAGAGUUCGGUUCUUGAGUUUGAUGAACUGCUGGCAGAUAUGUGCAGGUCGGCGGAGUGGAGUGGUAAUUAGGAACAGUGGUGAUGGGUGAAGACUGAAUUGUAAAGUUUUUAAAUAAAUAUUUUAUUUCUCUGUUAAAUGAAAUGUGGUAUACUUUGACUGUGGGGUGUGAUUUUUGAAUUUAUCUAAUUCUAUUGAUUUUGUAGUUUAUAGUCUAGAUUUAAAUGUUUAUUAUAAAAUUAUUUAGUUUAGAUUUACACGGUUGACAAAAAUAACAUCCCUGAAUUUAUUUCCUAAACAUUCCUUAUGAUUAAAAUUAUUGGUAUUGUAAAUAUUUUAGAUUGCUAUAAUAAUUGGUUCCUAUGUUUAACAUUAAAAGAUGUGUACAAAAUACCUUAAGCCAUACAUAUCCAUUUUUUUUGCAAACAUAGACUUUUAUUAAAACGUUUUCUCUUCUCUCAAGUGUGUCUCUAUUUAGUACAGAUAAUUAAGAUUUGCAACACAAGUAUUGUUGAUACAAGUAUCAUUUUAUUGAACUUUCAAGUAAUUUGAAAUAUUUGUAGUGUAUCUUACAAUAAAUCUUUUAUUUGCCUGCGUUGUACGAAAUGUUCAAAAAUUUAUUACGAUGUUAUGA